ACGAGUAAUGCAGUCACACGUCAAACAGAAAGCAGAACUUUCAGGAAUUAUGGAAGGAGAACUAUAGAAGGGGACGAAGUCAUCAAGUUGCGAUCACCUCCUCUUGAUCAUUCACUGUUGUCCCAGUUUUCCACUUUCAUAAAAUAUGGGAUACGAGUGUAUAGUUGAAGGGCUGGUAGCCGCUCUGCUGGGGUUUGUUUUCUUGUACAACGCUUUCGUAAGAGGAUUCAACAAGACAAAAGCUGCAGCAGGUGCUGCUUCUUCUUCUUCUUCCAUGGUGUCUCCAAUGGAAAAUUGUGUGAGGAAAACAGGGAAUGGCGAGGUUGCUGGGAGUACAGACAUUAUCAUAGUUGGCGCUGGAGUUGCUGGUUCUGCUCUUGCUUAUACAUUUGGAAAGGACGGACGCCGAGUGCAUGUGAUAGAGAGAGACUUAAGUGAGCCUGACAGAAUUGUUGGUGAACUUCUACAACCAGGGGGCUACCUUAAGUUAAUUGAGUUGGGUCUUGAAGAUUGUGUAGAUGACAUUGAUGCUCAACAGGUUUUUGGCUAUGCUCUGUACAAGGAUGGAAAGAAUACCAGGUUGUCUUAUCCCCUGGAAAAGUUUCACUCUGAUGUUGCUGGAAGAAGCUUCCACAAUGGACGUUUCAUACAAAGGAUGCGGCAGAAAGCUGCUUCUCUUCCCAAUGUAACUCUAGAACAAGGAACAGUAACAUCUCUGCUUGAAGAAAAUGCGACUAUCAAGGGAGUUCAGUACAAAACUAAGGGUGGUCAAGAGUUGACAGCAUAUGCUCCCCUUACUAUUGUAUGCGAUGGUUGUUUCUCAAAUUUGAGACGCUCUCUCUGUGACCCGAAGGUUGAGGUCCCCUCUUGUUUUGUUGGAUUGGUUCUGGAGAACUGUGAGCUUCCGCAUGCAAACUAUGGACAUGUUAUAUUGGCAGACCCUUCACCUAUCUUGUUUUACCCUAUCAGCAGCACCGAGAUUCGUUGCUUGGUUGAUGUGCCUGGCCAAAAAGUUCCUUCUGUUUCCAAUGGUGAAAUGGCCCAGUACUUGAAAACUGUGGUGGCUCCCCAGAUUCCUUCUGAACUGCACACUGCCUUUAUAUCCGCAAUUGAUAAGGGCAACAUAAGAACCAUGCCAAACAGAAGCAUGCCUGCUGCUCCACACUCAACUCCUGGUGCACUUUUAAUGGGUGAUGCAUUCAAUAUGAGACAUCCUUUAACCGGAGGGGGAAUGACUGUUGCACUAUCUGAUAUUGUGGUACUAAGGGAUCUUCUAAGACCCCUGUACGAUCUGUAUGAUGCAUCUACUCUUUGCAAAUACCUUGAAUCUUUUUAUACCUUGCGGAAGCCAGUGGCAUCUACAAUAAACACAUUGGCUGGCGCCCUAUACAAGGUAUUCAGUGCCUCCCCUGAUCCAGCAAGGAAGGAGAUGCGGCAAGCAUGCUUUGACUACUUGAGCCUUGGAGGCGUAUUCUCAAAUGGACCAAUCUCUCUGCUCUCCGGUUUGAACCCCCGCCCCAUAAGCUUAGUCCUACAUUUUUUCGCGGUGGCUGUCUAUGGCGUUGGCCGCUUGUUACUUCCAUUUCCUUCACCCAAACGCAUUUGGACUGGGGCUAGAUUGAUUUCGGGUGCAUCAGGCAUCAUUUUCCCCAUUAUCAAGGCUGAAGGGGUUAGACAAAUGUUUUUCCCUGCAACUGUGCCAGCAUACUACAGAGCUCCUCCUGUUCAUUGAGAGAAUGAGGAAAACAAUGGGAAAACUCAGAAACCCCACAAAUAUUUACUGCUAAGCCAAACUAAUUUGUAUCAGUAGUUGAUCUUCUGCCACGAAUUCUUUUUUACUUUCUACCUAAGUAAACAAAUCAAGUGUAUAAUAGGAACCGUGUUGGUAUGGUAUUAUUUCAGAGAAUUGACAUAGCAUUACAGUCUUUCCUUUGAAUCAAGUACAAUCUUAAUACAGCAAAGUUUCAUAUCACCAUAA